AUGUGCUCUCUACCCAGAGAUGACAAGACGGGCCUGCAGGCUUUCCGCAUCGCGGGUCUGCCACCGGAUUUCUACUAUAUCCCCAACUUCAUUAGCGUGGAGGAAGAGGCGUCGAUUCUGCAGAAGCCCGGUGAGGGCAUCAUGCCACACGAAGACGGUGGAGCGUAUGCUGAGGUCGUUGCGACGGUUAGUCUGGGAGGGGCGCUGUGUUUGGAUGUGCUUCCCAAACCCGAAAACCCAGCAGAAGACAGGAGGGAGAAGAAAGAUGAUGAAGACGAAGAACACGCCCAGCCUCUAAACACAGACUUAGACGAGGAAGAGCAGAAAACCAAAGAAAAGAUGCUCACCCUCCCAACCCGCAUCUUCCAAGAACCUCGCUCCCUACUCAUCACCACAGGGCGUGCGUACAGAGACCUCAUGCACGGUAUCGCGUCAAUCGAGGUUGAUGAAGAAUUGAAUGCGGAGAGCGUUGCGAAUUGGGAGUUGUUGAGUGAAGAAGGGAGGAAAGGGGUUGAAGAGAACGGAGGGAGGAAUGUGAGGGGGACGAGAGUGAGUUUGACGUAUAGGGAUGUGAUUAAGGUUAGCAGGGCGGCGAGUCGGGUUUUGGGGGGGAUGGGUAGGCGGUAG